AUGAGCGAGAAAGACUACGAGUCGACUACUGCCGAUGGUGAUUGUGACAACAGUGAUGUCUGUUUGAUUUCGAAACGAGACGAUGACUCUCUCUCGUCGGUCGAAGGAGACGACGGUACAGAACCGGCAGCAGUGGAACCCUUAUCCAAGUCGUCCGUGUGGGGUCUUCCCGGUACUCCUCUGUAUAGAGCCAUGGAAGAUCUCAUCUCCUCGGACGAAACCAAGCGUCUAGAAAAUCCCAGUGCGGCCAAAGCCGAUGAAAUGUCCCACGAGCUGCACAAGCAAGUCGAUAACCUCAUCAUGAACCAGCACGGGACACCCGAGCAACAGGAAAUUUGGAAGAAUGCUACCGAUGACGAACAGCAUGAGUGGAUUGCUUCUUUCUUUCUGGCUGCAUUGUCGUGA